GGUUAUGUUUUCUUGUAUAUAAUUAAAAUUUGUAUUCCAAAAAAGUUUGCAAUUACUUGAAAAUUGAGUAAAAAAAUAAAUAAAAUUAACCUUUUAUGCCUUCGUAGUUAUCCCGAUAAUAACAUAAACGGCCCCCCAAUUACUUAAAUUAUCAAGAGUAUAAUAUGGAUAUAUUAGAAUCGGUAUUGAGAACAUGCAGUGCAGAAGCAUUCUUAGAAAUGUUUAGAAAUCAAGGUGUGGAUGCUACCACUUUGCCUAUUUUGAACGAUGAUGAUUUGAGGCUACUGGGAAUUGAGGACACUGAGAUUAGAAAGAAAAUUAUAAAACAAGCAUCAACCCUUCAAAUACAUGCUGAGAGGAAUAUCGAUUGUACUAUUACAAAGGAAUAUGUACAAUUAGUUUUAAGUCAAAUUUUGGCUCAGCUAAGUCUUCAUCAAGCAAACUUGGCGUGUGCCCUUAGAAAAGAUGUGGUUGUUUGUGAUACCAAACUUACCAAUGCUGUUAAAUGCCUUAAUUCGUGUAUUAAUUCUUUUGAAAAUCAACUGAGAAUGCUUUAUACAAAGAUAAAGCCACAAAAGAGGAAUAGGGGCAACAAAAAAUGGUUCAAAAUUGCUUGUGCCACUGCAUCUGCCACAAUUAUUCUUAUUCUUGGCUUUAAAUAUUCAAAUUGAUUUUAUUUUUGUUAAUUUGUAUACACCUUAUUAUUUUUAAUAUAAAACUUAUAUACUA